AUGAAGUUCGAAAGAAUCGGCAAGAGCGUGCUGUUCAGCAAUAUAUUCAGGUUUGAUCCAGCUACUAAUCAGUGGUCUUGCGAUGUUGCACCCACUUCAACUUGUCGAACGUCAGUCGGUGUAGCCGUUUUAGAUGGUUUUCUCUACGCUGUAGGAGGCCAGGAUGGGAUUAAUUGCUUGGACGUCGUUGAACGUUAUGAUGCUCGACGAAACGAAUGGACUUGUGUAGCACCUAUGGGAACCCGCCGAUUAGGAGUAUCUGUUUCAGUUUUGAACGGUUGUUUAUACGCCGUAGGAGGAUCGGAUGGACAGUCGCCGCUUAACACAGUGGAAAGGAAACAUUUGGGUUCAGCUGUUUUCGAUGGUCACUUGUACGCAGUGGGAGGUCGAGACGACUCUUGUGAGCUGAGUUCUGCUGAGAAAUACAAUCCGGUAACGAAUGAAUGGACGGCAGUAGUUGCAAUGAACAACAGAAGAUCGGGGGUGGGUCUCGCUGUGGUUAAUGAACGCAUGUACGCAGUAGGAGGCUUUGACGGAACUACAUACCUCAAAACUGCCGAGGUUUUUGAUCCAGAA